AUGCCUCCUCUGUACGCCAACUUUGCGGAUAGAGAAGAGUUUCUUCGUGAGAUCACUUUUAUGAAACAACUCGGCUUUCAUCCGCAUCUCCUUACUUUACUUGGAUGCUAUUCAAGAAGCGCUUUUCCUUUGAUUAUCAUGGAACUAUGUGAUAAAGGCGAUUUGCUCAAUAUCGCUGCAAGAAAUGUUCUAUUGACUGGGAACAAGUUUGCAAAGUUAGGCGAUUUCGGUCUAUGUCGUUUGAGCCAAGAUCAACAUUAUGUUGCAAGAGGUGGUCGAUUGCCGGUGAAAUGGACAGCGCCCGAGGCUUUGGAGAGAAACGAGUUCUCCAACAAAUCCGACAUUUGGAGUUUCGGGGUUUUUCUUUUCGAGAUGUUUUCCCUUGGUCAACAGCCGUAUCACUCGAUGCAACCAGAAGAGAUUUUAUCAUUUUUGCGAGAAGGACGACGAUUGGAACGACCUGCAGAGGCAUCAGAGAGAAUAUGGAAAGUCAUGUGCUGGUGUUGGAAGUUUGAGGCGAAAUCUCGUCCAAAAGCCCACGAAACCAAAAUGCUGGUCUACCCGUCACUUGAGGAUAUGGUUGUUGACCAGAAUAUGCAGGCCAACCGUCCUCUCCCCACCGCUCCAUUUGCCACUUUGCCUCAUGCGAAUUGUGGAGCCGAGGUGCCGGCUGCUCCCUUUGGAACUCUCACAAAUGCAUCACAGGCUGAAACCGUUUCUCUUCAUUCAUUCUAUCCGAAUCUCUAUCCACAAAUCGGCGAUCAACCAACUUCAAGUCAAGAGCCAAAUUUGUCCGCAAGCACUCCUCUCCUGCAUCAUCAAAUCUCGUACGAUGAGCGACACUCGGUGUUAGGUGCUCAGAGAGCCAACCUCCCCGCUCUCUCCUACAGUGUCAGCUCAUUAGUCGCGCCGAUCACCUCGUUGGCUCCUGGAUUUGAGCAGGCAAAUCUCCACCAUGGCGUGCGAAAUCUUUUCAUCCCGAAAACAAACGAGGGAAAGAUUGGGGUACGAUUGACAGAGAUCGAUCGGGGUCUCUUCGUGCAAUUCGUGAUGAAAGAGUCCCCAGCCGCUCAUCAAGGACUCCGAUUCGGCGAUCAAAUCUUGCAACUCAAUGGCAAGGAGGUUUUUGGAAUGGGAAAUUCGAAGGCGAUGCAGUUGAUCGAAAAGAUUCCACCAAUGGAGGGCAUUUUGGUGGCCGUUCGAGAUAGACCUUCGUGUCGAGUGAUCACUUUGCACAAAGAUGAGAACGGAAAAACUGGGCUCACGCACAAAGACAAUAAGAUCACCGCCGUUGCCCCGAACUCGUCGGCUUCAAAGAAUGGACUCACGCUCAAUCAGGCGAUUGUCGAAAUCGAUGGAAUCAGUGUCGUCGCUUAUUGUUCUAAAGAGGUGAGUCAAGUGUUGGAGAACGCGCCGAGAACGGUAUCGUUGACGGUGAUGCCCUGGGAGAAGUAUCAGCAACUUAUUUACAAAAUCGACGCGAAACUCCUCCGCCAGCAGGAUCACAGUGUGCCCAUUUCAGCAUUCACUCAAAUGUUU